AUGGCUCCAUACCCGGUCUCCCCUAACGCAGUCCUGGCUGUGCGCAAUCCUUUGAAGAGUGGGAUUCCAGAGAAUAACAGACUUAGCACGCAGACAGUGUGCACCGACGUGUACGCCUCGGACGACUUGAGUUCUACCCUAAGACAUAACUCGUCACUGAGAGUGAAGAGUGAUUACAAACUUAAAGUUCACAAGAGGCCCACAAUCUAUGGCACCAUAAACUUUAAAGUCUGCAGCCGGCCUGCACUAGUGACUAUUUCAGCAGAGAAGAGGGUUUCCAGAGACUGCUUCCAGCCUGGGGAAAUGCUUGCCUGCAUCCCCCUUCCCCCACUGUCCGAGUGGAAGUUACAAGCUGAGCCCUGUGUUCUGCCACUGCCAGACCUCCGGGUGACCCGCAGGGACUGGAACACUGCUGGGACCAACCAGGACGGCGGCGCGUUGGAGGAUGUGCCCUGUGGGCCCGGGGCCGCCGCCCCCGAAGCCCGCCCCCUCCCCCGAGGCCCCGAGUGGGAAGUGGAGGCACGAGCGGCCCGGAGACCAGAGAAGGGAGGCUUCGAGGGGGAGAGCGCAGAGGAGAGCGAGGAGGCGGAAGGCGCGGGCCAGCCGCCCGCACCCUUGGGGGCCACGAGUAGGACCAGGCGGUUCGUGUCUGAGGCUCGCUUCGUGGAGACGCUGCUGGUGGCCGACGCGUCCAUGGCUGCCUUCUACGGCUCCGACCUGCAGAACCACAUGCUGACGCUGAUGUCAGUGGCUGCCCGCAUCUACAAGCACCCCAGCAUCGGGAACGCCAUCUCACUGAUCGUGGUGAAGGUGCUGAUCGUGGAGGACGAGAAGUGGGGCCCCGAGGUGUCGGACAAUGGCGGGCUGACCCUGCGCAACUUCUGCAGCUGGCAGCGGCGUUUCAACCAGCCCAGCGACCGCCACCCAGAGCACUACGACACGGCUAUCCUGCUCACCAGACAGAACUUCUGUGGGAAGGAGGGGCAGUGCGAUACCCUGGGCGUGGCCGACGUUGGCACCAUCUGCGACCCCAACCAGAGCUGCUCUGUGAUUGAGGACGAGGGGCUGCAGGCGGCCUACACACUGGCCCACGAGCUCGGGCACGUCCUCAGCAUGCCCCACGAUGACUCCAAGCCCUGUACGCGGCUCUUCGGGCCCUUGGACAAGCACCACGUGAUGGCGCCUCUGUUCGUCCACCUCAACAAGACACUGCCCUGGUCGCCCUGCAGUGCCAUGUACCUCACAGAGCUCCUGGACGGCGGGCACGGGGACUGCCUCCUGGAUGCGCCCUCCUCGGCCCUGCCCCUCCCCACAGACCUCCCGGGCCGCUGGGCCCUGUACGAGCUGGACCAGCAGUGCAAGCAGAUCUUCGGGCCGGGCUUCCGCCACUGCCCCAACACCUCCACGCGGGACAUCUGUGCCCAGCUUUGGUGUCACGGCGAUGGCGCUGAGCCCCUGUGCCACACAAAGAAUGGCAGCCUGCCCUGGGCAGACGGCACGCCUUGUGGACCUGGGCACCUCUGCUUCGAGGGCAGCUGUCUGCCCGAGGAGGAAGUGGAAAGGCCCAAGGCUGUGGUGGAUGGAGGCUGGGCCCCAUGGGGGCCCUGGGGACAAUGCUCCCGGACCUGCGGAGGAGGUGUGCAGUUUUCACACCGGGAGUGCAAGGACCCCGAGCCUCAGAACGGAGGAAGAUACUGCCUGGGCCAGAGGGCCAAGUACCAGUCCUGCCACACAGAGGAGUGCCCCCCUGAUGGGAAGAGCUUCAGGGAGCAGCAGUGUGAGAAGUACAACGCCUACAAUUUCACCGACAUGGACGGGAAUCUCCUGCAGUGGGUCCCCAAGUACGCAGGCGUUUCCCCCCGGGACCGCUGCAAGUUAUUCUGCCGAGCCCGGGGGAGGAGCGAGUUCAAAGUGUUUGAGGCCAAGGUGAUCGACGGGACCCUGUGCGGGCCGGAGACUCUGGCCAUCUGUGUGCGUGGCCAGUGCGUCAAGGCGGGCUGUGACCACGUGGUGGACUCACCCAGGAAGCUGGACAAGUGUGGGGUGUGUGGGGGCAAAGGCAACUCAUGCAGGAAGGUCUUCGGGUCGUUCAGCCCGUCCAGUUAUGGCUACAGUGACAUUGUCACCAUCCCAGCUGGUGCCACCAACAUUGACGUGAAACAACGGAGCCACCCGGGGGUUCAGAACGACGGCAACUACCUGGCACUCAAGACUGCGGACGGGCGCUACCUGCUCAACGGCAACCUGGCCGUCUCCGCCAUCGAGCAGUACAUCCUGGGGAUCAGCCGCGCAAUGAACACGGUGGGUAGGCUGCAGAGCUUCCGGCCCCUGCCCGAGCCUCUGACUGUGCAGCUGCUCACCGUCCCUGGCGAGGUCUUCCCCCCCAAAGUCAAGUACUCCUUCUUCGUUCCCAACCACGUGGACUUCAGCCCUGGCAACAGCAGGGAGAGAGCGACCACCAACGUCAUCCAGCCGCUGCCGCACGCGCACUGGGUGCUGGGCGACUGGUCGGGGUGCUCGGGCACCUGUGGAGCCGGCUGGCAGCGGCGCAGCGUGGAGUGCAGGGACCCUUCCGGCCAGGCCUCUGCUGCCUGUGACAAGGCUCUGAAACCCGAGGAUGCAAAGCCCUGUGGAAGCCAGCCGUGCCCCCCGUGACCCACUGGAGCUCUGGGUGCAGACCAGGGCCCCGCUGAGGUGACCCUGUGCACUGAGGAGGCACAGCCACCCAGGCCUCCGCUGCUACAGUCCUCGGGGACUGCAGGAGAGGGAGGAGGAGAGGGGGUGGAAGACAGAGACGGCCUUGCUCGGGUUCGAGGCAUCGGUUACAAGGUGAAAGUGCACUUAUUGACCCAGACAGGGCACAGCCAGCCUGUCACAGAGGAAUAGCAAAGUUCGCGGAACAGUUCUUCCUGUUUGGUUCCCCUGAUAAGCAGUCUACCUCAGAGGGGAAAACUUCGCUAAGAGCGGUGAGAUUGGGGCGGGAGUGGGGGAACGUCAGAGCCAGAGCCACGGCUCCAAGCAGUCCUCGGGAACAACCCAGACCACCCCGCGGGAGCAGCCAUCGCCCAGAGGCCUCACCACUUCCCUGGAGAGCAGGCUCUGGGCUCGCAGGUGCUGCCUGCAGGGGUGGAGUCGCUUCAAGUAUUUAUGCAAAUGUGUCCCUGAACUAAAGUGUGAUCUUGUGCCAACACUGUGGUCCGGUCUGGUUCAUUAUUUCUUUGGAAAGGAUGAGGGGGUGAGAGCC